CCCGGAUGUAAACUUUUCCCUCGUGCUUUCUCUGUGAAUGCGGGUUGAAAGCUUGAUUCUUAUCGACCGAUAUGAAUAUCAUGAUAGACUAAUUAACAAAAGAAUUCGUUUUGAAUUAUUCAUUUAAAUAAUUACCAGCUCUAGUUAUACGCAGGUGUUUGAUCAGAACGGGCAUUGGUGUCAUCGCUAACAUGUUUGCAGAGGGGGAAUGGACCGAUAUCCUUCCAGCUAAUAAGCAGGGGCAUUCUGUAGUGAAUGUUAGCCCUCUUAUUGUAAAGCAUGAGCAAAUAAGCAGGCAGUGUCUUAAGCGAACUCUCGAGACCUUAGAAUUAGCCCCAGACUGGGGCUGUAUAAAACCCUCUAUAGUCAAUGAUGAGGAAACAGAAAAAGCUACUGUACACCUUUUCAAAAAGAAGAUAAAGAAGCAGCAAAGGUGCAAAAGCCAGAAAAAAACAUCUUGCAAAGGAAUCGGCAUGAAAACAGAUGUUCUGAACAAAACUGGGAUGAAGCAACAUGUGAAGCUCAAAGUGGACACAGCCAACACUGAAAAAAGUUCUAAAAAAUUUUAUGAAGCAGUAGAAGAUAAAAGAUUGAGUCGGCAACAAUGGAAGAAUAAAAUGAAGAACAAGAAACGGAGCAAGAAUAAAUUUCUUGUCAAUUCGACUGGAGUUGCAUAUCCUAAAUUGCCAGAAAAAUUGGGGCAGCCACAGAAGGUCUCAGUUGCAGGAAAAAUGCACAACGAUGAUUCAUCAGUGGAGAGGGACAGUAAUGUACCAUUGAGUAAAGACACAUCUGAAGACAUAUCUGCACAAGCUGUUACUAAUCAAGUAAACAAAAACAAAAAUCAAUUAACACAGCUUAAACCAGUCCGUAAAGAAUUGGCAAAUGCACAUAGUCUGUGUGAAAAACAAAGGCCUGUCAAUGUGGAUAAAAAGUCUUGGCUCCAGGCUAAGAAAUUAAAGAGUAUUUUAAAAACUCAUGCGACUGAAAGUGAUGAGAAAUUGUGUGAUACAAUUACUGAACAGGAAAAAGAAGGAACUGUCAGUGAAUGUAAAAUGGAUCGCUCCACUGCCUUAAGGUCUCGGAUGGAGAAGCGGUUACAAUCAGCUCGAUUCCGCUACAUAAAUGAGCUGCUUUAUACAUCAACAAGUGGUGAGGCAAAACACAUGUUUAAGCAGGACCCUUUAGCCAUCAGGAUUUACCAUGAAGGCUACACUGAACAAGUUAAACACUGGCCAGAAAACCCAGUGGAUUACAUUAUCUCCUAUAUUCAGCAAAGGUCAUCAUCUUUGAUAAUAGCAGACUUUGGCUGUGGUGCUUGCAAGAUCGCCCAGAAUGUGAAGAACACAGUGCACUGCUUUGAUCUGGCUCCUGUUUGCGACCUUGUCACAGUCUGUGAUAUGGCUAAUGUGCCACUUGAUGACUCCACUGUUGAUAUUGCUGUCUUUUGUCUCUCCCUCAUGGGAACCAACCUUACUGACUUUUUGGCAGAGGCAAACAGAGUUCUGGUGAUGAGGGGUGUCCUCAAAAUUGCAGAAGUUGCCAGCAGGUUUGAUAAUAUACGGCAGUUUAUUGGGGCCUUAUCUCGCCUUGGCUUUAAGCUGGUCAGUAAGGACACAGAGAACAGCCAUUUCUACUCCUUUGAGUUUCUGAAGACAAACAAUGUGCCAAAUGAUGCAAGAAAAUUGGAUCUUGAAUUGAAGCCUUGUUUGUACAAAAAACGGUAGAUUCAUUGAUAGCAAUGCAGUCUGAGCAGGGUGUAAAAAACAAAAGGCAGCAGCCUUUUGUAAGAAUACCUGAAUAGGGUUGACUUUAUAGUUUAAAGAGUCAAGACUACAAACUGGACGCCUACCAUACCUGGUAUUGGUCAAAAACUUGCAUGCAUUCACCAUUAUAAAUAUAGUUGUAAAAAAAUAAGUAUUAAAAUUUAAUGUUUAAAA